AGCUGCAUAACUUCUAUACCAUAGAUGAUGUUUUCGGUGUCCACUGGCAUUAGUAUAAUAACUAGAAUUAGUUAGGAGUACAAAAAACAACAAAAAUAACAAUAGCUGCAUUACUCCAACAGUAACUACUGGAGGAGGAAUAAAAAAAUGAAAGCAACAGGAACGAUUAUUUCGGUUUCGGAAACGUAGGUACAAAAAUCUUAGGUGAUAUGUGGUAUUCACGUAAAGGUGUGGUUCAACCAGAGUUAAUAUAUUAGUAACCUUGCGUUCGACAAUCAUUGGAUGAAUUAUAUGAAAGGGUAAUUCACUCAAAACGGGAAAUUCCUUAAAACGAAUACAUAUUACUUUCAUUAGGCAACACCGCAGAUACUAACCUUACUUUUAAGUCACAUAAAUUCAAAUUUGAAUUUAAAAAAUUAUAUACAUGAGUUAUAAAAUUACAAUGAAAUUUUGAAACAAGUCAAGUAGAAGAAAACAUUCAGUGCAGUGUCUUCACUUUUAAUGAAAUGUUGUUUUGUGCGGAAAUAACGGACAUUCGAAUAAUUUAUAAUGUUCUCAGGUCCAUCACAAUUAAAGAUUAUGUUAUUUUAAGGCCAUUGGCGGAAGGUCUGAAAUUAACAUUGGAUGAGAUGAAAUGUGUUGAAACUUCAACAUAUAUACCUUGUGAUAUGUUUUCUUUUUAUCAUGUGGACAGCACUGAGGACAUAAUUUUCAAAAUAAAUUUCAAAACAUUGGUGGAUAUUCUGAAUAUUUUCGGGGAUGAUGGAAACCCUAACGUAAAGCUGUCCUAUAAGUCAGUAGGAUCACCACUAUGUAUAGUAAUGAACCAUAAUGAAGAAAAUAUAACUGUGGAUUGUGAAAUAAAAACAAUGAAUAUUGAUGAUAUCAAUGAUGUAAGUCUGGCAGAUGAAUGCAAUUUGAAUAAAAUUGUUUUGAAUGCGAGUAUAUGUGUUGAAUUACUCAAUAGAUUAGAUAAUUCUGCUGAUGAAUUGAAAAUAAUCCUAAGUCCAGAUCCACCUUUUAUUACCUUUGCAACAACAGGAAUAGCAGGAGAAUCAGAAGUGCAUAUAUCUAAAAAUUCUGAUUCUGUGACAGUGUAUCAAUGUACACAAACAACUACCUCAGUCUACAGCUUUUCCUAUAUCAGGCAGAUAUUGAAGGUCAUCUGGUGUGGUAAAAAUAGAUUGGAACUAAUUUAAAAAUUCGUAUCAUGAAAAAUUACUUCGUACACCUGUUGAUCAAUUGAAGCCUUUGAAAAUGUCAACCGCAGCAGUAGACGAAACGUCAGGCACGGCCAGAAAAUAGCCUUCAUACAAUUAUUAUCAUUAAAAAAUAUUGAAAGUUACAAGAUUGGUAUAUGUGAUUUGAGUUUUUCAACCUGUCUGGGAAGGGUGGGAAUGAGGGGAAAAAUUAAAAAAACCGAAUCACUAAAAGUUCAAUUUGUGUAUUUACCAGGUCAAGAUAUAUCAUUCGUGGCGAUUAAUUUAACAUGAAUAACUUCAACACUGAGUUUUCCAGGCCGUCAAAGGGAUUGUAUAUGGGCGAGAAUUAAAAGAAUCAUGUCUAUGAAAAUAAAGUUACCUACAAGAAUCCAUCUCAUUUCCACUUCUUCAGACGGCUUGGAAAACUCAUACGUGGAGAAAUGGGGUGAAAAUAUAUUUUAUCAUUAAAAGUUAAACUGAUAUACCUACAAAAUACAAUCUUUUGUAUUGUUGUGUUAGACAAUGCCCCCAGGGCCGUCGUAGGGAAAAGAAAUACCAGGGGGGGGAGGGAAUCCAAAUUUUCCCAACACCACCAGCAAAAUUUCCCAACU